AAAUAUGGAAUCGUGCCAUUUGCUCCGCUUCAAUACAGUAAAUCUUGGGAGAACUUUAGUUAUGCUAAACACACUUUGGAUGAGUUCUUCGAAGAUGUAACUUUCAAGAUCGAAGAAGUUGUCACCAUGUACGGAUUCGAAGGCUACACCACUAACGUGUCAGUCACGGAACGUCUGAUGUUGACGUUUGGGAAGUGCUUCGUAUUAACAGCGAAGAAUCACUCCAGUAACUGGAACAAGUAUUCCGGAUACAGCGUCAAUCUGUUUCACAACAAUGAUUAUCGAAUCAUAGAUACGACGAUCAAAUCUGUGAAGAAUAUGGUCCCCGGAUACCAUGUGUAUAUUCACAAUUCGAAUGAUAUAGUUGCAGAUCAGGAAACGCAAUUCGAUAGCUUAAUGGAAGACAUCUAUUUGGAACCAGGAAGCGAUUUAGGCUUUUCUUUAAGAGUUAGCCAAUACAGUUACUUGCCAGGCAGCAGGACAAAUUGCAUCAAAAACAAAAACUACAGCAAGUCCAAAUGUAAGCAAAAAUGCAUUAAUCAGUAUGUUACGGAAAAAAUCGGCUGCAGUACACCUUGGAUGGAUAAUCCGAGGCAGCCUAGAUGCAACAGCUACGAGAAGGUAAAAUCAUUGAUGAUGUUGACCUCAUCAACUAGCAACGAGGAGUUCGAGAAGAUAUGCAAAUGUCCCACGUCCUGUUAUAUUACUAGCUAUAUACCGUACGUGCAGAGCAACAAGGAGCUGCCAUCUGAAAUCAGCGGACUGUAUCUGUACUACGCCACAAAUCUAGUUACGAUCAUGGACGAGGUGAUCGGCUACGAUUGGAACUUAUUCCUGGCCGAUUUGGGCGGCUCUCUGGGAUUCCUGUUGGGUCUAAGCGUGCUCGGCAUCAUCGGAGUCUUCGAGCAGGUGUUCAAGAUCAUCGUAUUGAGGAAACCUAAGGACGAGGUCCUGAACAACGUUGAAAAGGGUCAGGAGCAAACGCCGCAGAAGAAGAUUGAGAUAUACUUGAACGGAGAACCGAUCGAUGAUGGCCAUGACUAUGGGUAUUACGAGAAGAGCGGGAACAUCAAAUAUUAGUUCUCUUGGUUGCAUACACGUAUCAAUUAUCUGACAAUAUAUAAAUGUAAUCUAUAAAUGAUUUAUUGGCGUGACGUCGGA